ACCGCCUGAUCUUGGGAGUGGAAACAUGGCGGGUUUGGAGCUGCUGUCCGACCAAGGCUACCGUCUGGAUGGACGCAAAGCCACCGAGCUUCGCAAGGUUCAAGCCCGCAUGGGUGUGUUCGCCCAGGCCGAUGGCUCGGCGUAUUUAGAGCAGGGAAACACCAAAGCCUUAGCGGUUGUGUACGGACCACACGAAAUGCGAGGUUCCCGCAGCCGGACCCUUCACGACCGGGCCGUCAUCAACUGCCAGUACAGCAUGGCCACGUUCAGCACGUCGGAGAGGAAGAGGAGGCCGCACGGCGACCGCAAGUCUACGGAGAUGAGCCUCCACCUCAAGCAGACGUUCGAAGCCGCCGUGAUGACGCAGCUCUACCCGCGCUCUCAAAUAGACAUUUACGUCAAGAUUCUCCAGUCAGACGGCGGCAACUACAGCGUGUGCGUGAAUUCCGCCACACUGGCCGUGAUCGACGCCGGCAUCCCCAUGCUGGACUACGUGUGCGCCUCCACCGUGGGCUUCGUGGACGAGACGCCGCUCGCCGACCUUUGCUACGCCGAGGAGAGCGGCGGCGUGAGCUCCCUGGCGCUAGCGCUGCUGCCCCGCGGCGGGCAGAUCGCGCUCCUGCAGAUGGACGCCAGGCUGCAUCAGGACCACCUGGAGGCCAUGAUGGACGCCGCCAUGACGGCUUGCAAAGGCGUGAGCAAGGUGCUGGACCAGGUGGUGCGUCAGCACCUACGAGAGGCCUCGCUGGCCACUGGAGACUGACACCUGCACUUGCUUGCUUAUUUUAGAACAACAAUCUUUGACUUUCCAGGACUCAAACGUGGAGAAUCAAACAGUUUUCGACAUUUAUGACCAUUACUUUUCCACAAAAUGCCAUUGUACAUUAUUGUGUAUAUGUGAAAAACAAUAAAUGUGUGCUUUCCAUGA